CCGCGGGCGCGGUGAGCGCCCGGCCCCGCCAUGGCGGCCUGGACGUGCUGCCGGGUGGCCGCCGUGUCCUGCCUGGUGCUCUGCGUCUCCCUCCUUCUGCCGCGCACCUUCCUGCCCCGGGCCGGCAGCAGGCAGGAGCCCGGCGCCGCGCCGCCCGAGGGGAAACUUGGUCGCUUUCCACCGAGGAUGCAUUCCCACGCCACUCCCGAGAGCCGAACUGUCCCUCAUUUUCCAAGGUCUCACCUUACUGAAGCAGUUGCCAAAGCCAAGGCAGGUGGAGGUGGUAGUGGAAGCACUGGUGGAACUGGGAGAGGUCUUGUGGGACAGAUUAUCCCUAUAUAUGGAUUUGGCAUCUUCUUAUAUAUCCUCUACAUUUUAUUUAAGCUGGCUUCCAAGGGAAGGACUACUCCUGCAGAGCGGAAAUGCCCUACUGCUACACCUGGGAACAUGAAGAGGAAAAUCACUGACUAUGAACUCACUCAGCUCCAGGAAAGACUGAGAGAGACAGAAGAAGCUAUGGAAAAAUUAAUCAACAGAGUAGGACCUAUGUAUGACAGCAGGACUCAAAAUGUCACAACAGACCAGGAAAAGAUGUUACUUCAACAACUCCGAGAAAUUACUAGAGUUAUGAAAGAAGGAAAAUUUAUAGAUGACAUCUCUCCUGAGAAGGAAGCUGAGGASGCUCCUUACAUGGCGGAUUGGGAAGGUUAUCCAGAAGAGACCUAUCCUGUCUACGACAAUUCGGAUUGCUUCAAGCGCAAACAGGACACAAUCCUUGUAGAUUACCCUGACCUGAGCCAGCCCUCUCCAGAAGAACUGGCAGAAAGAAUGGAGGGCAUGGAAGACGAGGAGUAUCCUUAUGAUGAAACCCUGCUAAGUGAUCUCACCAUGGGAAUGGCUGGUCARGAUUCAAUGCAGGAAAAGGGUGAGGUAACUCUCAGCAGUGAGGAGAAGAGUGACCUUCCUCCCAGCCAAAGCACUGGGGAGUGCUGCUGUUGCUGUGAUGAUCCUGCUGUCGUAGCAGAGAAUGCUGGAUUCCACUCUGAGAGCUGCAGUGAAGUAGAAGAGACAAGCCAAGAGGAUCUGUCUGUAGAGUCAGAAAAUGAAAAUGCAGCACUGGAAAAACAAAAGGCCAGUGAUUCAGAGGAGGCAGGCACACUGAGAAAGCGCAACACCAAAGUACUUGAUUGAUGGGGACAACAGUGGAUGUUAUCUAGAUGGUAAGGGUAGAGGUCAUAAAUUGUCAUUCAUGUGGUUUUUGUUCCCUCCAUCUGCCUGAACUGGAAGCCAGUGUCCUCUUUCAUGCACUCAUSGUGGGUUACCAUGAUGUUGCCAACUGUGCUUUGUCUUUGAUUUUUGAAGCCUUGUAUUUUGGAGCAGAUAUUUGUGACUUCUUCCUUUUCAAUUCCGAAGGAGCUGUCCUUGGUUUUGCCCUUUGUCAUCCCAGAGUUAACCAAAUGUCUCUUCUGACUUUUUCAAAAACGUCUGUGUGCUACCAGUUAGAAAAGUUAAUCAARUCCUUAUGUAUACAUGUAUUCAGUGGGAUGCUGAAGGACAAAAUAUGCCUUCUUUCUCUUACCUGAAUGUUACCUGGUCAGCAGAGCAGAUCAUAGUCACACACGACACUCUCAACUCUGUCAUUGCUCUGUAUGCUUGAGAAACUGCUGUCACUACAGUCCACAAAGAUCAUAAUGCUGCCCACAGCCCUUUCCCAGUUAUUCUGUGUUGCUGGAAUGGUAGCCUGAUCCAUGUUGUGUUACUUGUGUGAGCAAGACUGAAGCUCUGUGAGUUGUGCUUUAACUUUGCCUUAGCUGUGGUGAAAUUCCCAGAUGAUUGCAGGAAGUGGACUACAAUGUGUGAGAGCACUAAAAAUAUCCCCAGAGAUUAAAACCAAAAAAGCAGCAUUAAGGUUUGUCAGUUAAGGAGAGAACAGCAUGAGGGUGCCCCUUAGACUGAAGGGAGCAGGUAGACUUUUCCUUCUUCCGGGAAAUGUGCAGGUUCUUUAUGCUCUUGGAAUGUUGCUGUCACCAUCUUGUUGAGGCACCGCCAGGUAUGGGAUGAGAGGGUGCUGGAGUCAAGGGCUCCUGAGGGAGGUGCCCAAGGGACAGCAGGUGGGGUGGGCCCCAGGAAAGGGUCCCUCAGCCCCCAUGACCCUCCUCCCUCUCCCAUAUCUGGGCAUUUUUCAGGCCACAGGCUCACCAUAACCUGAUGCAUUGGGCCACACUCCAUGGCCCAGUCACAGUGACUUGUUUGUGAUGUCACCAGUAUCCUGAGUGCUCUGGCACUAUGGAAGCAGGGGCCUCUGCAGCUGCCCUCCUGCCCACCCAGCUCCAAAGCCGUUGAAGAAUGACUGGAARGAAGAAAAGCUGGAGCAGGGAGGCAAAUGGCAGCCCACCUUUGUAAGGGACAGCAGCAGGGCUCCUUCCAGUGAUGGCCGAAGAGGAAGACAUGUGCCAGGAUGAGGCUGUUGGGACAGUGGAACAGGAUGAACAAAAUCACCCCUCUGGCAUUGGCACCACCACCCUCAGUUCCCUGAUCAUAGCCAUGCAGAACUUGGCUCUGUGCCCACCAGGGAAUGGUGUCCAGCGCAGGGACAUUGGCAUGCCAGGGAGCAGCUGGAGCAGUGACCUGGGUGGCCGCCCAUGUUUGCCUGGAACAGCACAGAGACGUGUCCACAAGCAGCCAAAGAGGGAGUCACGUUCCCUGGGCCUGAAAAAUGGCAAUCCACGGUGCAGAAUGAGGAGGAAGAGAAGGAGGAGGAGGAGGAGGCGGCAGCAUAGGAGGAACAUCAGCCCUUGCACCAUGAGAACCAUUGCCCACAUGCGAGGAACGACAUCCAGCGCAUGGCUCCGGGAACCCCGGCGUUUCAGAGCCCACACCUGCCUGACUGACAAAUAAGCAACAGGACAAGGAUGAAAAUGCUGUCAUCCUCUUUAUUUGGUAGUUGGGCAACAGCAUCUGUGCUCCUGUGACCCCUAAAGUAGGUGGUGUUUUUUGGAAACUUUCUGGUUCCAUGUCCACAUCCUGCUUUGCUGGUGCCACCUCACAUCCUGGGAUUUUUUAAGCUAUUACGUCAACAAUUUGAGAUGAGGGUUGUUGUUUUUUCUAAACAGUCAAAUUAUCCUAAUGAAAGCAUGGAGCGCUAGGAAUUUUUCUCUCCAAAUAUGCUAGGUAGUAUUACAGAGUCCUAGUCUCCACAAGGGGCCUGUACUGCUGGCUCACCCAUUCCAUCUCCUAGCAUCAACAAUUAUUGUGUUGAUUGCCAUGCAUGGUGUGAACCCUUCCUUCCCAUCCCCUCCCUGCAGCCUUCCUGGAGCUCCUCUGCUCUGAGUUACAGGGAAAGAACAUGAAUUGACUUGGCUUCCAGCAGGCUAUUGCACUGAGGUGACAGGAGUGUCCCCACGAGAACCACUGAGGUUACUGGGGUCUGGAGGGGAGGUUUCUUCAGUCUGGGACAACGUUCCCUGAUGGAUGAGUGAAGUCAGGCUUGCAUGAAGAGUAUUGGCAGAUCAAGCCAAGAAUGUGGACAGCUAUUUCUUUGGAGAAGCAGCAGAUGGCAGUUCAGCCAGGAAGAAGUGCUGUCCUUCUCAUGGAGGUCCCUUCUAGCUGCUUCAUAAGUUCUUUUCAAUGCUGGGAAAUCCAUUUUAAAAAACCAAACCAAUAAAGAAGAAAA